AAUUUGGUUUGUAAAAUCAAAAAGUCUAAGGACCAGGUUUGUUGUCUCGCUCUUUCUCUCUCCACUAAUUUAUCAGGUUUGCUAUCUGUGCCACUCUCUCUCUCUCUCUCUCUCUCUCUCUCUCUCUCAUAAAUCUUCUACGUUGGUUUCUAUAAUUUUUUUUUUCUCAGUAUAUGAUCCUCUUUUCACCUUUCAUUUCUGUUCCCGUCUGAUUUUCGCUGGCUGAUUCCUCUGCACCUGUUAUAUUAUAAUCUUUUUUUCUUUUUUUAUUGCUCUUGAUUUUGAUUUUGAUGUUUUCUUAUGACGGUGAUGAUAAUAAAUUUUUGUAGACUAGGGUCGCGACUGGAUCCUUGAUGUCAUUUGCUUGUGGAUUGUGAUCGAACUUAUGGGUUCGUUUUUAGGGUUUCUACUGAUGUAGUUAUUGGUCUUAGAAGAGGGCUUUUGACGGAUUGGUAUGAGUUUGGGUUAGAGCUUGAAGAUUGGCACCUUCUAUCACCCAAUUAGCUGUUUCAAUUAUCUGAUUUGAAUUCGGAUCAUCUUAGAAGAUAAGAGGGUGUUGUAAACUUCUUUGUUGUUGGUCGCCCUUCUUGUUCAUAUUGCUUUAGUUAUCGAGCUUCUCGUUGGUUUUAGCCUUUUGGUUUUACAGACGAUCAAAUGCUCGUCGUGUGAUUUUGCUCAAAGCCUCAAACAAUUUGGAGUUUUCUGGAAAAGCUGAAAUAAAUAGCCAAGUAGGAUUAUCAUUAAUUUGCACGGGGAAUUUAUUAUCGCGGCAAUUUGGCUCUGAAGUGAGUUUUACUGUGUACGAGGAGUUUUGAGUUUGAGUUUUAGAAUUGAUACGAAUACCUUGUGGUGCUUGGAUGGAUUGAGUACUAUUGCUCAGUUUUAAGGGGGCGGUUCUGUUUGGGAGGACAUUCAAUUAGGGGGAAAAAAUGGAAGAUGACAAUUUUUUGGCCAUGGGAAGUGAUGGCUUGGGUUUGGAGAUGGGGGGUAAUCCCGAAGAGCCAUCGUGUUCUGCUAUGGAAAUGGAUGAGAGUGGAAUGGCAUCUCCAAAGAACGAGAUUGCAGUUUUUACACCAGAAAAAGGUGAGGCGAGUGAUGUGGUAUUUUCAAGAGAAGCACCCCUUGUUAGUACACAACCGGUUAUGUCAGGGGCUUGUCCUUGUGGGGUGAAGAAACUCAAAUCCAGAAUGGUCAGUGCAGAAUCUGAGCUAAGUCAGAACAAGGAGAUUGGGCAUGAGAAAAAACUCAGUAGGCAAGACAGGAUUGAGCUGGGGCAUUUGUUUCAGGGCGCUGUGAGUACCCAUGACUGGGAACUUGCAGAAAGUCUGGUAUUGUUGGCAGAUCCGCAAACACUCAAUGAUGCCUUGUGCAUUUCCUUAGAUUCGAUCUGGUUCUUGAGCACACAACUGGAGCUGCUUGGAAUUACUGGAUUAAUUAAGAAGAUUGUUGACAGCGGUGCUUAUGACUUCACAAGAGCUGCUCUUAGGACUUCUUUCCUUGCAUCGUGUGUUUCCGCCUGUCAGAGCAGAACAAUGAAUUUGGCUGAUACAGUGGCUUUAAUGGCCCAAAGAUUGCACGAGCGUCUCCAGGAAUGCAAUGGCGAUGAAGUUCUAAAGGCAGAAGCUGGUGCCAAGGUUCAGAAGUUUACUGAAUGGGCUCUGAAAUGUAUAGGCUUCCAUUCUCGAAGCCAGGGGAAUAGGGAUAAAGUGGUUCAAAGUUCUGCUGUUGAGAUCCAACUCCAAUUAUCUGCAUUCAAAACAUUCCUAGAUCUGGCAGGAAACCAACUUACUGGGAAGGACUUCACGGAGGCCUUUGAUGCGGCUUGCUUUCCCCUUACUCUCUUCUCUAGUUCAUUUGACCCUGGUUGGUCAUCGGGGAUAUCAGCAACUGCCAUUCAUGGCUUGCUAGGUAUGCUGGUAGAAGGUGGUGCAGACAAUGUGAACCAGUGUUUUCUUGAAGCCUCACGUUUUGGCAGCACGGAACUUGUUCGCAUUUUGUUGCAGAUUGCCCAGAGGAAUAGUUUGGAUGUCGAUGUUGACCUGGCUUUGGGUUUUGCUUCCCACUACGGCAAGAUUGACACCAUGGAAUGUUUAGUGGAGGAGGGUAAUGCAAUGGCAUUUUUGGGUCCUCUGAUGAGAGCAGCGGAGAGGGGUUGCAUGCAAGUUGUCCAAUGGUUUGUGAAAAGAGGCUGCCGAGACAUGGAACUGUGUCUAGCCCUUACGGCUGCCACUUCCAGCAGCCAAGUUGAGAUUGCUUCCUAUUUGCUCCCUCAUGUCCCUCAACAUGUCCUUGCAGCCCUCAGCAUUGAAAUCCUCAAGGCCGCUGGUGAACGCAGUGGUGGAUCCCUUGAUGGGGUAGCAUUUCUCCUCAAUUCGGACUUCUUAGGCGAUCCAGCCGCUACUUAUGCCGUUGCUGACAGCAUUGCUAGGUCUGACGACGAGGCUGUUGCUCCUGAGCUUAGGGAUUUUCUUCGGGAGCACUGGUCUGAGGCGGCUUUUGCUCAAGGAUUGAAGGAAGGAGAAGAACAUUUCCUGAACAUGGUGAGGAUUAUAAGGUGGGGUGGAUCUCCUAUUUGCUUAAGGGAUCUACCUGGCCCGUUACAGGUGGCAAUAGCAUAUUUGCCCCUGUAUAGGGAGUGUGUCAAGGCGUGCGGAUGCUUGUUGUCGCAAAGGCUAAGGGGACAACUUGUGGAAGCAGCAACUAGGCUAGGAAAUGGAACCAUGGAUGAGGCGGCGGCAAGCAAGGGGAGAGAGCUGUUGGUUGUUUUGGAGCAUAAUCUUCCUCCUCCAUUUUUGUUCCAUGCUUCUAGUACUGCAUAGUAACAUCUUAGUCCGUUGCAUCCUUUGGAUUUUGCGCUCUCUUUUUUCCCGUGUAUGUGCCAUAGAUAACAAUAAUGCUUAAGCUUGUAGUUGGGUUCUAUGUGAUGAAGCUAUUACCAAUGUUUGUCCA